UAAAAAUCGAUAAAGACAGUUAAGAGAGAGAGACGGAGGCGUGUGAGAUUUUAGGAGAGAGAGAGAGAGGAUGGAGAAUCUCUGGCGAAUCGCAACAGGCCAGGAUCCGAACCGGCAAGACUACGAAGGCAUCGAGUUCUGGUCAAACCCAGAGCGAUCGGGCUGGCUCACGAAGCAAGGCGAUUACAUCAAGACCUGGCGCAGACGCUGGUUCGUGCUCAAGCGAGGGAAGCUCCUCUGGUUCAAGGACCAAUCGGCGGCGCUGACACGCGGAUCCGUCCCGCGCGGGGUGAUCUCGGUGGGGGAUUGUCUGACGGUGAAAGGAGCAGAGGACGUGGUGAACAAGGCUUUCGCCUUCGAGAUAUCGAGCGGGAACAUCACCAUGUUCUUCGUGGCUGAUAACGAGAAGGAGAAGGAGGAGUGGAUCAACUCUAUUGGGAGGUCGAUCGUGCAGCACUCCAGAUCCGUUACUGAUUCUGAAGUCCUUGAUUAUGAUCAAAGGCCCUGACUUUUCCUUCUAUUGCUUUAUGUUUUUGGUUAAUGUUUUUUACUUCUAUUGUACGACGUCGUCGUCGUCAUGUAUGUGUAUUCCUCUCUCUAUCUCUCUGUGCUUGUGGUUUUGUUAUGUAUCUGCUUCUCGAUUCAGUGAACAAGUUUUGUCUUUUCAGCUUC